AUGGGGUCAAAAAUAAUUGCAUUAAUUGUAUGUUUACCAUUAUUACUAUUAUUUAUUGCAUUGGGAUUUGCAAUUUUUUAUUGUUUACGUUCAAGAAAACGUAUUAGACAACGUACUACAUCAACUACAGUGCGAAAUCAUUUACCUAGAUCACAGCCAACUCCAACCUCAAAUUUUACUAAUAUUCCUGCACAAUCCCCAUAUCCGACGGGUUCAUCACAAGUUCCAUAUCCAAUGAGUUCAUCUCAGGCUCCAUAUCCAAUUAAUACAUCACAAGAUAGAAUGCCAACAGGAACAGCAAUAAAGAAAAAAGCUAUACAAUAUGAAACUAUGAAAACAUCUUAG